AUUUAUAAGUCGGUGUGGGAGUUCGUUGCGUGGGUGUGAAGUGGUUUGGCUUGUGAACGGCAGCAAGCUGUCAACUGCUCUAGUUGAAUUUGCUUUGGACAACAUUUUGAAGCAGAUCUGAUAUGCCACUUGAAUUAGUAAAAGAAGUCAAUGGAGUGCCUGAAGUUGAGCUGCUAAGUGAAUUAAACAAAGUAGAUUUCAGUUCUCUACAGCCAGGUUGUGAUUAUAGCAAGAAGUACAUCCAGGGAAAACUGUCACUUAUUUCUUCUUUAACUUAUGGUGGAAACAGAACAGCUGUUUUGAAGAUUGCCCUACAAGAACAAGAAAAUUCAAAUUCAGAGAUCAACACCAUCAAUGUAUUAUUUUUUGGAAAAUUAGCAAAGGACUGUGCAAAAGUUUUCUAUGAAGGGGAUACCAUUGCAGUAGCUGGAUUUACUGUCUUGUCAGCAUCUUCAUCUACAAGCAGAGAUGGUAAACAUUGCUUAUUUUUGAAAGCAUUUGAGGACUUCAGAUCAACUGUUUAUGUUUAUGUUAAAUCUGUAAGGGAUUUUUCUGCAGAAUCAAUGUCUUUGGUUCCAGCAACACAUUAUAUAUAUACACCCCUGAAUCAACUUAAGGGUGGUACAAUUGUCAAUGUCUAUGGUGUUGUGAAGUUCUUUAAGCCUCCAUAUCUAAGCAAAGGAACUGAUUAUUGCUCAGUUGUAACAAUUGUGGACCAGACAAAUGUAAAGUUAACCUGCUUGCUCUUCAGUGGAAAUUAUGAAGCCCUUCCAAUAAUUUAUAAAAAUGGAGAUAUUGUUCGCUUUCAUAGGCUGAAGAUCCAAGUAUAUAAAAAGGAGACUCAGGGUAUCACCAGCUCUGGCUUUUCAUCUUUGACAUUUGAGGGAACUUUGGGAGCUCCUAUCAUACCUCGUACCUCAAGCAAGUAUUUUAACUUCACUGCCGAGGACCACAAAAUGGUAGAAGCUCUUCGUGUUUGGGCAUCUACUCAUAUUUCACCUUCUUCGACAUUAGUAAAAUUGUGUGAUGUUCAACCACUGCAGUAUUUUGACCUGACUUGUCAGCUCUUGGGCAAAGCAGAAGUGGAUGGAGCAUCAUUUCUUCUAAAGGUAUGGGAUGGCACCAGGACCCCAUUCCCAUCUUGGAGAGUAUUAAUACAAGACCUUGUACUUGAAGGAGAUUUAAGUCAUAUCCAUCGGCUGCAGAAUCUGACAGUAGACAUUUUAGUCUAUGAUAAUCAUGUUCAAGUGGCAAAAUCUCUGAAGGUUGGAAGUUUUCUUAGAAUUUAUAGCCUCCAUACCAAACUUCAGUCCGUGAAUUCGGAGAACCAAGCAACAUUGUUAGCUCUAGAGUUUCAUCUCCAUGGGGGUACCAGUUACGGCCGGGGAAUCAGAGUCUUGCCAGAAAGUAACUCUGAUGUGGACCAACUGAAAAAGGUUUUAGAAUCUGCCGAUUUGACAGCCAAUCAGUGUUUUGAUGGUAUAUGUCAUUCAGAGCACGAGGACAGCUUUCGGACUCUUUCAAGCUCUGGAUCAGUAUCACUAUAUGAGGUAGAAAGAUGUCAGCAACUAUCAGCUACAAUACUUACAGAUCAUCAAUAUUUGGAGAAAACCCCAAUAUGUGCUAUUUUGAAACAAAACGCUCCUCAACAGUAUCGUAUUCGAGCAAAAUUAAGGUCAUAUAAGCCGAGAAUACUCUUUCAGUCUGUUAAACUUCAUUGUCCUAAAUGUCAUGCACUGCAAGAAGUUCCACAUGAGGGUGAUUUGGAUGCAAUUUUACAAGAGGGUGCAAGUAAAACCCCAGAUAUCAAACUACAAAAUACAUCAUUAUAUGAUUCGAAAAUGUGGACCACUACAGAUCAAGGAGAACGAAAAGUUGCUGUUCAUUUUGUAAAAAAUAAUGGUAUUCUUCCACUUUCAAAUGACUGUCUGAUUUUGAUAGAAGGAGGUACACUUGGUGAAAUCUACAAACUUGCAAACAAGUUUCAUAGUGUAAUUCCUGUGAGAUCUGGCCAUGAAGACUUGGAAGUCCUUGAUCUUUCAGCACCAUUCCUUAUACAAGGAAAAAUACAUCACUAUGGGUAUGCUUUCAAAUCUGGGAAUUUUGGGAAUUAA